AUGCUCGACUACGUCCCUACAAAGCGGCAAAGCCACGUUCUAUACAAAGGCUUCAUGUCCGGAAUCCAUGCUAUCAGCCCCGUCAUCCACCCACCAACUGUCUUGAGGCAGUACAACGCUUUCUGGGACUGGUACGACUCGAGCAGUUACUCUGGAGAGUCUUGUCCGGAUCCAUCCUUUAUCCCUUUGUUGUACGCCGUGUGGUAUGGUGGGUCGGUUACAGUCUCGCUUAGGACAAUCAAGGCUGAGUUUAGUGGCUUCACACGUACUGCUCUUUCAAAGACAUACAAUGACCAGGUUACGCGUUGGUUGGCCAAAGUCGCUUUUCCGCGCAGCCCCUCAUUGCAAGGUCUGGCGGCGUAUUUGCUUGUUCAAACAAUACUCUCCAAGGAGGAAGAGCCCUUGACAAGUAGCUUGUUUGUGAGUCUCGCAAUGCGAGUAGCACAGACCAUGGGCCUUCAUCGUGAUCCCGCAAAUUUCGGAAUUAGCCCAGCUGAGGCGGAAUGCCGUCGACGGAUGUGGUGGCAUAUCGUCCAUAUGGAUGGUGUGGUUUCAAUGUCCAGUGGGCUCCCUCCUUUGGUGAACGAGGAGACUUAUUGGGACGUCCGCGAGACUAGUGAAAUUAAGGAUACACUGUUAGGACUGCCAGAAGCUGAACAGUACGAGAAACUUGUUCGAUCGGGACUACGGCCUCGAGAUAACCCUGAUGACCCGACGAUUUGUGGUGGCUCGUCAAUGGUGAACGUAUAUUACCUGACUGUGAGAGGGAAAUAUAUCAUGGCUCGUAAGUAUCCCUGA